UGAAGAUGAAACUGGAGAUGGGGGAAGUCUGCAGACUUGAGGCUCAGUUCAGGGGAGAGGGGAAGCCGCUGGCCGUAUUCCAUUUUCUUCCACAAGGGAAGGGAUAGAGAUAGCGAUGGCUCUGAAAUUUCCGGCAGUCUCCUCACACUGCAGUUGGAAGGCUGCUCUGCCACCGAACCACCUCUUCAUCUCCUCUCCUUAUUCCUUUAAGGCUCAUUCGAUUCGUGGGUCUGAGGUUAGGGCUUUUCUUCCCAAUCUCACCCAACAACCCAUUCUCAAGGAGGCUCUCAAGGAGCCAGUGGCAUUCGUGGGAGGGAUGUUUGCAGGACUUCUACGGCUUGAUUUAAAUGAAGAGCCUUUGAAGGAGUGGGUGAGCAGAACAGUUGAAGCCUCAGGGAUGACGGCAGAAGAAAUUAGAAAGAGGGAUGCUGGAGAAGAAGAAGAAGAAGAAAGGCCACAAGAGAUAGAGAUAGAAUGAAUGAUAUGAUGUAUGGUAUUGCUGGAAAUAGUGAAAAGAAGAUACUUUUUUUAUUAUUAUUAUGAUAUAUGGCAUACUGACUAAUGAAUACAUAUUGAAGAGAAAACCAGAAAACGUGAAUGCAUUUAUUAAA